UAAGUCUCACCCAUCAUUUAUAAAUCCCUCCUCCACCCCUCCCCCUCUUCCCCCCCUUUUCUUCUUCAUCUCAUCACUAUCUCUUCUGUAACUACAUCAUCACACAUCAUCACACAUCAUUCACAAUGGGUUGGUUCGACAACGACAGUGAGCAGGCUCAGCACUACGAGCAGUUCAACAACUAUGACGGCAGCGAGGAGCACAAGGCCAAGUUCAGCCAUGAGCUCAUUGCCGGUGCCGCCUCCUUCGAGGCCAUGAGGGCCUACAACGACCAUUGUGAAAAGAACGGCCAGCCCCAGAGCCACGAGACCGCCAAGGAGCUCCUGGCCGGUUUCGCCGGUGCCUUCAUCGACCGCGAGUUCGAGUCCAAGGGUCUUGACUUCAUCGACAAGGAGAAGGCCAAGUACCACGCCAAUCAGCAGCUCGAGGAAGCCUCCCGCAGGGACUUCUACUAAGCGCCUCCGCUCGUGGGAUCCAGCUAUGACUGUGUUUUUAUCCUAGCUCUGUUGAUAGAUACCAAUUUGAAUACCAAUGUAUCGCGUGACAUCCCUCUUUUUUUUAUUUUUAUUUUUUUUAUACCUAUCCCGUCCGAUCAGGAAAUAUAAGAAAGACUCGAGAGGAUCUAGA